UGGAGGGGAGUUGGGCUCUUUCAGCUUUGGCUCUUCUCUCGCCAGUCUCUUUCCAACCGGCAAAGUGGCUGUGCUCUGUGUGUGAUAAAUUUUGUGGCGUGUUUAGCGAUCUGUCAAGCAUCUCACGGCGGGAUUUCCGUUAAAAUUGCAUUUAAUACCAUUCAAUUAGUUGUGCUUCCUGCAUUUCCGUAAUCUGUGUGUCCAGCAGCAAUGGCACGAGCACUCACGAAAUUCUCCAAGUUCCUCAAUCCCAACGUGGCCGCCGUUCCCUGUGGAGCCACCUCGGCGUCUUCAAGGCGGAACUAUGCUUCCGGAGCGAGGAUUCAGGCCGCAAAGCCCGUGGUGGAGAUGGAUGGUGAUGAGAUGACAAGGAUUAUUUGGCAUUUCAUCAAGGAGAAGCUGAUCUUUCCGUACGUGAAGAUUGAGUGCCUCUACUACGAUCUUGGGCUACCCUAUCGCGAUCAGACCAACGAUCAGGUCACCAUUGAUGCUGCCAAUGCUAUCCUCAAGCACAAUGUUGGCAUCAAAUGCGCCACCAUCACACCCGAUGAGCAGAGAGUUGAAGAAUUCAAGCUAAAGAAGAUGUGGCUGAGUCCAAAUGGAACAAUCAGAAACAUUUUGGGUGGCACGGUGUUCCGUGAGCCAAUUUUGUGUUCCAACAUUCCACGCUUGGUGCCGGGCUGGACUAAACCAAUUGUCAUCGGUCGUCAUGCGCACGGUGAUCAGUACAAAGCCAAGGAUAUGGUGAUCACUGAGCCAGGACGCAUGGAGCUGGUCUUCACGUCGGCCAGUGGUCAAGUGAUCAAGGAGGAGGUGUUCAACUUCAAGGCUGGUGGUGUUGCCAUGGGAAUGUACAAUACGGACGAAAGUAUUCGGGCAUUUGCGCACUCAUCCUUCCAGGUGGCGCUGCAGAAGAAGUGGCCACUGUACAUGAGCACAAAGAAUACCAUCCUUAAGCGCUACGAUGGGCGCUUCAAGGACAUCUUCCAGGAGAUCUUCGACAAAGAGUACAAGCAGAAGUUCGAUGAUGCAAAGAUCUGGUAUGAGCAUCGUCUCAUUGAUGACAUGGUGGCUCAGGGACUCAAGUCUUCAGGUGGAUUCGUGUGGGCGUGCAAGAAUUACGACGGAGACGUGCAGUCUGAUAUCGUGGCUCAGGGAUACGGAUCCCUUGGCAUGAUGACGUCUGUGCUCAUGUGCCCAGAUGGAAAGACAAUUGAAUCUGAGGCUGCUCACGGAACUGUAACCCGUCACUACCGUCAGCACCAGAAGGGACAACCUACCUCAACAAAUCCCGUGGCAUCCAUCUUUGCCUGGACACGUGGUCUGGAACACCGUGCCAAGCUCGAUGGUACUCCGGAUUUGGCCAAGUUUGCUAAAGCUCUCGAGCAAUCAUGCGUCGACUGCGUGGAAUCGGGCAAAAUGACCAAAGAUUUAGCUGGUUGCAUCCAUGGACUGCCCAAUGUCAAGGAGGGCAUGUACUUAAAUACAGAAGACUUCCUCGCCGCCAUUGCAGAGCAGCUCGAGAAGACAAUGAAGAAGUAGAUCCAUUGCAUCCUCUCCUCCUCCCUUCAUUAUUGAAUUUUACAAUAAAAUUCACGCACCGAGAUUAAUGUAAAUUAAUUAAAUACAUUUUUAAUUUCCCCUC